AUGGCAUCGUCUUCUUCAUCCUCGCCUGUGGGCCAGGGAUUGAAUCAGCCCCAGUCCGAGCACUUUGAGUGGCUCAUCGUCACCGGAAAGAAGCGCGGUCAUGUCAUGAACAGCGUCGAGAUGCACAGUCACAUGACCGGUACCACCGCUGUGCACGCCAUUGGAAAGGCCUACAAAGACACUAAACCAAGCAACUCGUGGUACCACUCUCGCGCUGAGCUCGAAGAUGCUGUUUUGUCGUCCUCUUCCGAAGCCUGCCCACGGAGCCCUGACCUUCUAUUCCAGUUCACUGUCAACCCUGAUCCAGAAGCUCAAGACUACCCUCGCACCGUCAUCCUCAAAUCCAGCACCCCACUCCUUGAGCUCACCGAAGCCUUCCAUAAUCCCUCUCUUCUGAACGGCACCGACGCCACUCUCAUCCGCGAGAACUCGCAAUUCAACCCCGCAAACGGCAAGAGCCCCAUCGACGGCCACUAUCAUGCCAUUCUGAUUAAGACCAAAGCCAGUCGCUGGCUCAUCGCGGCAGGAGUGGCCGGUACCAUCGUCGUUGCGGCGGUGAUUGGGUCUGUCGUUGGGUACAUGGUUGGGAAUGCUGAAUUGGGAAUUGCGGCCGGGGCGACUGCUAUCGCUGUUUUUGCCUUUAUUCAGGGCUGCUUGUUGUUUUUGAAAUAG